AUGGGGCAACAUCAGAGUCGGCACAGCGACAACGAGGGUAAGUAUGAAAAAUUUUGCUGGGAUCAAGAAUAUAAAAAUAGAGACAACUGGUAAGUUAAGAUUAUGAGACGCCCCACCCCUAACAGAUGGGCGACAUAAGCUGGGAAAGAAAGAGCGACGAAUGAGUCAGCCAUCACUUAGGCCUCCACUUUAAUUAAAUUUGAAUUUCCGAGUGUAAUCCCUGACGUUCGUGAAGUCAAGAUGAAUGUCAAAAUGAAGUCCUUAUCUCGGGCACUUGGCGCGCUGAUUUAUUACGCCAUGCCAAAGACGAGAAGCACGCUUCCGUCCUUCUCUACUCCUUGUGCCACUGACCAUUCGGACCUCUUCGAGAAGGCGCGUCAAAAAGAGGAGGAUGGACAUUUAGGGGCAACAGGCCAAGAACAAGACUUUUAAGGCUCUUGAGCGUUAGUCUUCGAACUUCUUUUGCAUUCGCGCAGUCCCAAGUAAAUUGAAAGCUUUUUUGACGAUUUCUAAGCGUGUGGAACAUCUUGGUUAUAGUGGAUGAUUGACAAGAUGUCUCUUCACAACUAUCACUGCACGCCUCCCCUUUUUCUAGUCAUUUUUUGUGCCAAAAAGGCAGGCCUGGACUUUUGUUUGGACCAAUCCAUUGGCCGCUCUUUCGGCCGAAAAGAGCCGCCUUAAGGUCUUAAAGGCCAUAGGGGUUUCCUCAUUUGGUUUCCUUUCAAUGAUUCGGUAAUUUUAUAUUGGACAUAGACUCGAAUCCUUUGAAACGAAAUAUCUUUUGGCCCAAUGGACAGCACUUUUUGGGCCAAAGGGUUGGGCAAAAAAAGAGACCCUCGAAUUUUGUUUAAUCUUUUGGGGAAUUCUGAAUAACAGUACCAUUCUUGGAUAUGAACUGACAUUUUUUGCGCUUCAAAAGUAUUUUUGUCACCCUUGAAGUAGUGAACAUUUAAUUUAAUUCUUGACGUGUCACAGUAUCAGUUUUUUGCUUUAAUUCGAUUAAUCUUGCUUUUUCCAUUUCCUGAAGAUUUAUUGAACGGCGGCUAGCCAUUCCUUUUCCCAUAAAUCUUUUUUACAAAUAACUCUGCAAAAAUUGUGGCAACUAAAUCUUUCCUUUAUUAAGUCGCCUAUGGCUAUGCGCAUUUCAAAAUUUGUCUGUUACAGUUAAUUUACCCUUGGGGAUAAAAAUAUUAAUGGUUGUUUACACACAGUGGGGUCAACAAAACGAGAGGAAGCGGCUCAAAAGACUUUAAAUAUUACUUCUCGAACAGCUGUCAAUCGUAUGCAAAUUGCAUUUCGGGAUCGAUUCUUAGGGGGAAAUUGAAGUUAAGGGGUCGGGGGUUUCGCUAUUUGGAGAUAAAAUUUAAAACAUUAAAUCGAAAAAUUUUUUAAAAUUAGUGUUCGACUUGGCCUAAGGCACUUUAGACAUGGGAGAUUCCGGGAACGAUCGGCGGGGCGUGACUCCCAAACAAUGCGUGUUAAAUGUUUUGUUAGCGAACGGGCGUCAGAGAGCGGGAUUACUUGAGGAGUGUUAGACCGCCACUUAUUGGAUGAAGUGCUAUUUCCCUCCCUCAAACCCGAUCACUCUCCGUCUUCCUGUGUAACCACCAAAUGUUUCCAGGCGUCGACAACACCGCCUUCAAUGGUGUAACGCCGUCUUGUGGUCAGUUCGGCUCUUCUCUGGGUCUCUACACGGGGGGCUCCACCCGCACAGAAUCCCCGGGCCCCAACUACGCAAGCCAAAAGCAUCGACAUCAUCCAUUCUGUCUGAAACAUCAAAGAAGAAGUGCCAGCCCUGCCACCAGCAGUCUACGAGGAUUCCAAUUGGGUCAACAACAACGUCCUUUGAACCAUUCCUUGAGGGCAGGCCAAUCUCCGUCCAUAUCAUCUUUCAAUCAGCUGGAGAUCGACAUGGACAACAGACCCGCUUCCUCGGUGGAGACCUUCCUGGGGAAUGGUCAUAAUAUGCAGAGAGAUGCCUCCAGAUGGUCUUCCAGGUUCGUAUUUUACUUUCCUUUUCCUUUCCUACCCACCCAAAGAAGUCACUAAAUGAAUCCUUAAUGACCCGGCUACUGCAUUUGAGAUUGUUUAUUCCAAAAAAACCGCACUGCCAUUCUUUUUUGCAGGCGUCAUUAUUUAUCGAAUUGAGCGCCUUUGUCUUUUGCACUUCCUGAAAGGUGCUAAAAGCCUAAGGGUUUUGAGACAAUUUUGAUGAAUCGGCCUCUCUUUGGACAAUGACGGCCCGCGGGCAUGACGAUCUCUUUGGAUUAAUUAAAAUACAUACUUCGAAAUCCCUACUUUAUUUUGCGGAUGACAUUGGAGAGAAAUAUUAUAACCGGAUCGGAGUCUUUUGAUUGCUUUAUUUCGGCUACCUUUCCCAAAUCAAUUGCUUUUUAUUGCUCGGAACGUCCCUUUAGGGGAUAUGGGGUUAGCUGGAAUAAAAAUAACUUCUCUCCCUACCUUCUGCUUCCAUUAUUUGAGGAGGAAUUAAGGAAUUAACGAAAAGAUAAAGGAUUUUCGCUUUUUACCAGCGUUUACCCUUACCGUUUGACCCCGGGUCUGUCCUGUUUACCGCGCUCUCCCUCCCUCUCGAGGUAAACGCCUCAUUUCUAAUCGAUCUCUUUAUAGAGAUGACCUCCUGAACGGUAAACUGGUCUACCAUCAGCAGUCCAGCUUCCCUCCUCCAGUCGGGGAAUUAGAUGCCGAAACCUCGUCUGCCUAUUCCCAGCAUCUUUUCAUUGCUUUGUAUGACUUCCACGCUGCUGGAGAAGAUCAGUUAUCUUUGAGAAGAGGCGACCAAGUCCAGGUUUUGGCCUACAACAAGACCAAAGAGUGGUGUGAGGCCCAGUUUGUGAGUGGAAAGCAUCGUCCUCAGAUGUCCGGAGCUCCUCUGGUUGGAUGGGUACCCUCACUUUACAUUAGUCCUAUUAAUACUCUGGAUAAGCACAGCUGGUAUCAUGGAAAAGUGUCCAGAAAUGAAGCUGAAUUUCUACUCAGUUCGGGGAUUAAUGGGAGUUUUUUGGUCAGGGAAUCUGAAACCAGCAUUGGUCAGUAUUCGAUAUCAGUAAGACACGAAGGACGAGUGUAUCAUUACAGGAUUAAUGUUGAUACUCACGAUAGAGUAAGUUAAUUCGCGCAUUUCAUGGAUUUUGUAGUUGUAUAUAACCCAAGAUUCCAAAUUCAAAACAUUAUCCGAGCUUGUUCAUCAUCACAGCAAUUCCUCGUCAGGUCUAAUAUGUAAGUCGUUUCGUUUUCUACAUUUGCUUUAUAUUUGUAGGUUCUUUGUUAUAUCCAGCUCCUAAGAAACAUAAGGGUCCGGCCUCUUUUUCAUUAUCGCCAACAGCCGCCGAUCAAUGGGAAAUCGACCGAACAGAGAUUGUAAUGAGAAAUAAAUUGGGAGGAGGGCAAUAUGGAGAUGUUUAUGAAGGGUAUUGGAAGAAAUACGAUCGAACCGUAGCCGUGAAAACGCUUAAGGAGGACGCAAUGGCCAUGGGAGACUUUCUUGCUGAAGCUGCAAUUAUGAAAAAUUUACAACAUGAGAAUCUAGUACAGUUGUUAGGGGUUUGUACAAGUGAAGCGCCCUUUUAUAUCAUCACUGAGUACAUGAACAGAGGAAAUCUUUUGGAUUAUCUACGGAAAACUGAUAGAAAAACAUUACCGCCUACAAUAUUGAUGAAGAUAGCUACACAAAUUGCUGCCGGGAUGGCUUAUCUGGAGUCCAGGAACUUUAUACACCGGUGAGAAUAGCGUGACUUGCAUUAGUUAUGCAAAAAUAAAAUAUUUUUAGUGAUUUGGCUGCCCGAAAUUGUUUGGUGUCUGACGAUCAUGUUGUUAAAGUCGCUGACUUUGGUCUGGCUCGUUUUAUGCGAGAAGAUACUUACACUGCACAUGCCGGAGCCAAAUUCCCCAUCAAAUGGACGGCCCCAGAAGGCCUUGCUUACAACACUUUUUCCACAAAAUCCGAUGUCUGGGCAUUUGGAGUUUUACUUUGGGAGAUCGCUACUUAUGGAAUGACUCCAUAUCCAGGCGUUGAAUUAAGCGACGUCUACAGCCUUCUGGAGAAGGGAUUCCGAAUGGAUAUACCCACUGGAUGUCCGGACUCCGUUUAUCGGUUGAUGAUUCAAUGUUGGAAUUGGAGCCCAUCUGAUCGACCUUGUUUCAACGACCUAUACAAGUCGCUGGAGGGAUUACUUAACUCAGCCAACAUUGAAACAGAAGUAGAGAGUCAACUGGAGAAGAGCAGAACCACUAAAGCGACUAGAUCUAACUCUGCCAAUAGUCGCUUGGCGUUUGCCAUUAGCCCUCGACUCUCGCUGGAUUCAGGGAAAUUCACGUACGAUCCAUCUGCCAUUGAUAGAAGGUAAGACUAUUCCCAUUAUUAGUUGCUUUAUUUAGGUUGAGUUCAUCGGUCUCAGCAACAACUCACAGCACGUUCCAUCCCCCUGACCCUCCUCAUAUCGAAUUCCCCCCUCCUCCACCCCCUCGACCUCAUCGAACUGUAUCUUCUUCAUCCACCGGGAAUCAGAUGUCCACUUUCUGUCCUGAGAAUGAUUCUUUGCCCUCCCGAAAUUCUCCUUCGGAUGAAAGAAAAAUCAAAAAUCUUCCAUUGCCAGUUCCACCGGCAUCUUUGAAGCCAAAACUCCGUCCAAUUCCAUCAAUGGAUUCAGAUGUUCCAGACAUUCCACCUCCAUUGGCCGAGAAAAAUCUGAGAAAGACAGUGGGACAGUUUGGAACAAUGCCCAAGGGCCAAAGAAUCGAGGCCUUCCUGGAAUCGAUGAGAAAACACCCGGAGGAAAAGAGUGUUGAUGACAGCGUUCUGAAUGAUACAUCCUCAGAUGAUUCAUUGGACGUUUUUCCAAACACUUCUGUCAGUGCUCCGAGUACAUCACGGUAAACAUUAAUUGAUUUUAAGGGCUACUUUUAAUCCUUCUUUUGCAAUUUAUUAUUAAUUAUUGACCAAUUACUUUUAUUUUGAGAACGGAGAAUGGAGAACCUCAGAAUGAACUUCUCAACCAGCUAAAACAACGACUGAAGAAGACCGGAUCCGAUUCAGAGAAUACAAAAGAAAAACGACCCGAACCGAAGCCGCGGAAAGUCGACGGAGGCUCCCAAACAGACGCCAAGACUACCGGAUGGAGGAAGAAAAGUAUCGGCAAAAACAAUACCAAUACAUCCACCGCCUCGAUUCGAAGCACUUCUGCAGUUCCAACAAAAAGUAAGCGUCUGAAUGAAUUAAUCCAUUGAUCUUUGUAGUUAAUGAGCCCGAGGCGAAAGGAAAUGAGGAAUGUGAAUUGAAAGCGAGGAUCCGACAAUUGAGACACGUCGAAACGGAGGAGAAGAAGAGUCCACCAAGUCCGCGGAAAACAUCAUCAACCUCAGAGGAAUUGAGCGCCAUCUUUAGAAAUGAACCUAGUCCAGUCAAAGACGACAAACCUGUAAAUAUAGCCAGAGUGCGGCAACUGGUUACUCAAAAAGUAGCCCCUCUUCAACACCAUCGACCAUUCUCGACGCAAGCAGAUCCAGAAAAAUUUGGAUCUUCUCCGUCCUUAUCUUCUCAGACUUCAAGCUCUUCCAAGAAUCAGAGAUCUCCCAGUGGAUCUCUCUCAUCCCAAGAAGACCCUUCUCCAGCCAAACCCCCUAAAUCCGUGGGAUCUCAGAUAUUCGAAAGGCAAAGGCAGAGAGCCGAGAGUUCAUUAGCAUAUCAAACGAUUCCAAAACCCUUCUCUACACUCCAGAGGUCACCGAAGAAUAAAGAUUCCGAAAAAACAACAGUGCCCGACCUUCGAAGUCGCAAAUCGACCAUCAUCCAAGAAGAAGAUAACAUGUCGAGAACCCAGUCCCUCAGAGAUCUCACCUCUAAAUUCGAAAAAUUCCAGCAUAAACCCACCAAAGUCACAGACCCUAGAGCCAACAAAAGAUUUAGCCUGCUGGAGCCAUCUACAUCGCUCAAUCAUAGCCAUGAUAUCUCAGAAAACGGACAGAAAGAGAUGUCCACGUUACCCAUGGCAAUGGUUGAUGGUGAAUUGCCAUUUGUGAACAAAGAGUCCAUCCAAGAACUUCAUUCCAAAGUUGAAUGUAAGUUUUUUGCUUCGAACAAUAGCAUUCAGUUCGUGGAAAUUGGGCUGGGAUAGACUAGAACUUCUGGCAGCCCAAUUUAAAACUGCAAUUUCCAUGAGGCCAUAAAAUCAGGGGUGGCAAAUGGGUCACUUCUUUCGACUUCAACUCAGACCCGGUAAAUCAGGCCUGGUGUUGCAGGCGAAGAGUCCGCUUAAAUUCGUUUUAUUGCUAGAAAGCGCUGAGAUCUUUUGAUCUACAGUUGUAAAAAGUCCCAAUUGUUUGCAAUUGUAGGUCUGCAAAUACCAGGCUGAAUCAUGUGUGCGUGAAGACAUGGUUCUGUAAAGAAACAAAACGUUUAUAAUAAAAACCCGUUCCCGUCUUUCCGACUCUCCGCAUUCCGGGUGCUCUCUAAAAGGACUUUCCGAAAGUUAUACUGAUCAAUUUUACCGGAAGCAAUUUAUUUCCGUUUAUUAUUUUUCCAAUUGUAACAAUAUCUCGAUACAUUUUAGCUAAAAUCAACGAGCUCAAAAAAGGGUUGGAUAAAGAUGGGAAUCCCACAAAGUUGAUUCAAUUAAGUGACAUUGUACAACAGCUUCAUUCAAUCUGCGCUAUCUACGCCGAAAAUAUUUCUCCACAUUCCAAGUUUCGCUAUCGGUAAGUUUGGUACAUAAUAAUCACCUCAAAUUAUAUUUCUGGUGCUAAUGGUUCCAAUAUUUGCAGUGAAUUAUUAAACCGCCUAGAGAUCUCGGUCCGAAUGCUUCGCCAAAGUGCCAGCGGCAUUGUCGAAGAGCAGAAUUCAAUCAAUGAGUUGGACCAGAAUCUCCGCCAGAUCAUGCAAUUGGUCAGUCGAUAG